GUGUUCGAUGGUGUAAUGAAAACUUACGAAGAAUCCGAGGAUUAUAAUCCAUCCGAGUGGGAACGAUACAGCGUAAUUCGUAUGGCGUAUUUUACGUAUCAGUGGGGAAUCCAGGCAUGUGAAGCAGAGAUAAAAACUAAGGCAGCGAAAGAGCUUUUGGAAAUGGUUAAGACUGUCAAAUUUGACGUUAUAGUACAGGACAUUACUUUACAUCAAUGUUUCUACGGUUUGUGGGAGAUUGCUAAAGGUAAGCCACCUAUAGUGGGAUACAUUCCGUUUGGCCCUGCACCUUGGCUCAAAGAUUUCAUCGGUGGUCCAAGUUAUCCAACUGUUCGACCUUACACGCAUGCAGCAAUUGCGAAACCCGUAGGUUUGUGGUUAAGAACAUGGAACGCUCUAUAUUACAUUGUGGAUAAUCUCAUACGACAUUAUUAUUUCUUACCUAUUGCUCAACGGCUCGCUGAGGAAUACGUAGGCCAAGCAAUCAGGCCAUUACGUGAAAUAGAAAAGGACAGUAUUAAUAUCGUACUAAUCAAUAGUCAUCCUGCGUUCGAAUCUGGGAUUCCAUUGCCGCCGAAUACCCUCGAGAUUGCAGGACUAAAUGCCCAAGCCGUGAAACCGAUUGCUGGCGAGGUAGUCGUGACAUAUCCCAAGAAUGUGCGCGAAUUUCUUGAUGGAGCAAAGAAUGGCGCUGUCGUAAUAUCCUUGGGAACAAAUGUGAAAUGGAAAUCUAUCGGAUUAGACAAGAUUAAGACCGUUAUAUUAGCUCUGUCGAAAUUGAAGCAACGAGUAUUGUGGAAGCUUGAUAUUGAAGUGCCUUUUCCAAUAUCGGACAAUCUAAUGAUUGUGAAAUGGAUGCAACAAAGUGAAGUUCUAUGUAUGCUACUCGAUUCCUAUAAAAAUCUAGCCCGUUUUUAA